GGUACCAGUAAGAACUGUUGUCCGCAUGGGAGCUUGCUUUAACCGUGCACGGAUUUUAACUGUAGCGUGAUACAACAGCUGCGACGCUGCGUUAGGAUACAUUCGGAUACACUGCAGCACAUUCAAGAUGAUGAAGUUUCGGUUCAGGCGGCAGGGCAAUGACCCGCAGAGAGAGAAAAUCAAGCAAGACCUUUUUGCUUUUAAUAAGACUGUUGAACAUGGAUUCCCCAAUCAGCCGAGUGCUUUGGCCUAUGACCCCAAACUACAACUAAUGGCCAUUGGAACCAAAUCAGGAGCCAUCAAAGUAUAUGGAACCCCUGGAGUGGAAUUUACUGGACUUCACAAAGACACUGCCACAGUCACACAGAUACAUUUCCUCCAUGGACAGGGAAGGAUUCUGUCACUGUUGGAUGAUAAUAGUUUGCACCUCUGGGAGAUCAAGCAGAAAAAUGACUGCUCUUGCUUGGAGGAAGUGCACAGUUUUACUCUUCCUGGCAGGCCUGGCAUUGAAAGCACCAGUGCGACUCGCGUGACCGUUCUUCUGCCGAAGCUCAGCUGUGAUGUCCUGGUUUUGGGCACUGAGGGUGGUGGAGUCCACUUUCUGGAGCUGCCUACUUUCACAGUGCUGGACAAGUCAUUAUUUCAAGAUGAGCUCAUGCAGAGUGUUCCUGAAUGGUACAAGUGUGGGAAAUCUCUGGGGCCAGUUGAAUCCCUGCAGGAGCAUCCCCAGCAUUCAAGCAAAAUCCUUAUCGGUUACAGUAGAGGCCUCGUUGUGCUCUGGGACCUCCAAAAUCGCCAUGUGGACAACCUCUUUUUGGGAAAGCAGCAGCUGGAGAGCUUGGUCUGGGUACGUUCUGGGAGCAGCUUUGUCAGUUCCCAUAGCGACGGGAGCUACAUGGUGUGGGCUGUGAGCGGCAGUACCCCCCAUUGCAGUGAACCAACCUCAUCUACUGUACCAUAUGGCCCCUUUCCUUGCAAAGCUGUGAACAAGAUCCUUUGGAGGACCACCCAGUCAGGAGCUCCACUAGUAUUGUUUAGUGGUGGUAUGCCUCGAGCCAGCUAUGGAGACAGACACUGUUUAACAAUACUGCAGGGCAACACACACGUUACCCUCGACUUUACAUCACGCGUCAUUGACUUUUUCACCAUUCCCUGCACAGACAGAGAUAAGGAAUUUGAUGAUCCCUCUGCACUUGUUGUGCUCUUGGAAGAAGAACUGGUGGUGACUGACCUUCAAACACCAGGCUGGCCCACAAUCCCAGCCCCUUACCUGGCUCCACUACACUCAUCUGCAAUCACCUGCUCCUACCAUAUUUCUAAUGUGCCAACUAAGCUGUGGGAGAGGGUGGUCAGUGCUGGCCGCCAGCAGUGCCCUUUGCAGACAUGCACGAACUGGCCAAUAUGUGGAGGGAAGAACUUGGCACCUGAUCCAAAACAAAAAGAGCUGCUUCUAACUGGUCACGAGGAUGGAACGGUGCGCUUCUGGGAUGCAUCUGGUGUGGCGCUCAAGCCUAUUUACAAGCUGAAUACAGCCAACAUCUUUCAAACUGACUGUGAUCACAAUGACAGCCUGACUCAGGCCAGUGAAGAGGAGUGGCCUCCAUUUCGAAAGGUGGGCUGUUUUGACCCAUACAGUGAUGAUCCCAGACUAGGAAUCCAGAAGAUCUCCUUGUGUAAAUAUAGUGGCAAGCUGGUGGUUGCUGGAACUGCAGGACAGGUGAUUGUGAUGAACCUGUGUGAUGAGAAGUCUGAUCACAUGAUUGAUGUGGCCACUAUGGACCUCCUUCGGGACCGGGAAGGUUUCACGUGGAAGGGUCAUGACCGGCUGCCUUUGCAUUCUAGCUCUGUGUUGUUCCCUCCUGGAUUCCAGCCUGUAGUCCUGGUGCAGUGCAUGCCCCCUGCGGCGGUUACCGCGGUGACUCUGCAUGCCGAGUGGAACCUCAUUGCAUUUGGCACCAGUCAUGGUUUUGGCCUUUUUGACUACCAUCGCCGUAGUCCUGUGCUGGCAAGAUGUACACUACAUCCUAAUGACUCACUGGCUAUGGAGGGGCCUCUCUCACGGGUCAAGUCCCUGAAGAAGUCACUUCGCCAGUCAUUCAGGAGGAUCCGCAAGAGCAGAGUGUCUGGAAAGAAGCGCAUUUUAGUCAGCAGCCCUUCUAGUAAAGUUCAAGAGGCUAAUGCACAGCUAGCGGAGCAGGACGCUGAGGUGACACCGGUGCAAAGACGGAUUGAGCCCCGUUCAGCUGAUGAUUCACUUUCUGGGGUGGUGCGCUGCCUCUGCUUUGCUGACACCUACCUUCGAGAUGGAACACACCAUGGCCCGACAAUGUGGGCUGGGACGAAUUCAGGCAGUGUGUAUGCAUAUGCCCUACAUGUGCCCUCACAAGAGAAGUUCUCUGAGCAAACUGUGGAGGCUCUGCUUGGAAAGGAGAUCCAGUUAAUGCACAGAGCUCCAGUGGUGUCCAUUGUAGUGCUGGAUGGCAGGGGAAACCCUCUACCUGAGCCCUAUGAGGUGUCUAGAGACUUGGCCAAAGCUCCUGACAUGCAGGGCACACAUUCUGUCCUAAUUGCCUCUGAGGAGCAGUUUAAGGUGUUCACACUUCCUAAAGUCAGUGCUAAAACAAAGUUCAAACUAACAGCACAUGAGGGCUGCCGUGUGCGGAAGGUCGCUGUGGUGAACUUCAGCAGCGUAGCAUCAGAGGACUACUCCGAAAACGGCCUGGUGUGCCUUACCAACCUGGGAGACAUUCAUGUAUUUAAUGUGCCUGUACUGAGACCGCAAGUGCGAUACGACUGCAUCCGCAAGGAAGACAUCAGCGGAAUUGCGUCCUGUGUGUUCACCAAAAAUGGGCAGGGAUUCUAUUUGAUCUCACCUUCCGAGUAUGAGCGGUUCUCUUUAUCAGCACGGGUGAUCACAGAGCCACACUGUCAGGUGGAUGUAGAACGACCCAGUGAUUCUCCUGAAAACAGUUCCUGCAUGUCAGUAGUUGUGCUCCAGGCCAACGGUACACAUAAGACUCAUUUGCCAGGAGAAGGCAAAUAUGCAGCACAUGCUGAUGCGGUGUUUGAAGAAAUGCACAGUGCUCUGUCCUCUCCUGGCCUGGAUUCUCCAAACAGUAGUGCUGACCUCACCCUCGACACAACGGGAGAGCUCACUGUGGAGGAUGUGAAAGAUUUUCUAGUGAGUGUGGAUGAGGCUGAGAAUAACUUUAGGAAUAGGAGUGAGGAAGAUGGACAGCUUCCUGAAAUUCUUAUAAACUAAGUCAACAACUAAAGGGCUGUGUUGGGGGAAAAAUGACUGAGAUUUCAAGAUUAAGUGCAAUUGGAAAUUGAGCAGAAUUUGACCUGGAAAUGGGACAAAAACUGCAUCAGAAGACUGAAUGUCACCUGUUAGCCUGUCUCCAGUUUCUUCCAGGAUAAUGGUACUUGCUGUUUAGCUGGAGAGCUGCUUUUUAGUGCAGAAGAAAGUAAAUUGGACAGAUAGGACAAGAUACAUGCAAGUGGCUGUUAGAAAACUUGCACUGACGGCAGUUUUUAAAGGUUCCUUUCUCGUACAUUCCUUUUUCCUGUGUUGUCAUGCCAGUUUGUAUGUCCCCCCACUUUGUGCCAUUAAAAGGGCAGUCUGUAUGAAAUUGUUCUGUUAAACUAUGAUGGUCUCUGAACAACCAGAACGCCAUUGAGAAGCUCAGCUUAUGGACCCUGUGGGUUUGAUUAUAAUAGUUUUCUUUUUUUAAUGUCUCAUAACCACUUGCCAUUGUAAGUAUGAUUAACUGUGAACUGUAAGAUUUGAAGGAGCGUCAUGUAUAAUCUUACAAUUUUAGAGCUCAAACUCACUAAUCACUGAGUUUUUGAUGAGUUGUUUUUUUACUCAUGAAUGCUUUUGUCUUCAAUAUUAUCGAAAAUGAAGGAACUAAUUGUUACUGGUUUUUCAUGUAAUGCAUUCUAUAGAGUAACUUUAUACUGCCUACACAUUUUGUAUUUUUUUUUUAAAAUAAUUUAGAAAUAAACAUUACUAAUUACGUUUUUUGGGAGUGUAUGAUUAAUUGACCAGUUGCGUCGUAACACUGCAGCAUGCAGCUAAUACAUUUCUUUAAAAGAAGCAAUAUGAAAUAAAAGCUAAGCAAAGGGCAGUCAUCAAUUAAUAGGAAAAUCUGUAUCGGUGGUUUUUGAUUGUAGGGACGUUUGUUCAUUUUUUAAACUAAAACAUCACAUUUCAAGUAAAUGAUAUUUAAUAGUGGAUACACCUCAGAUUUCAGUCUUUUCCCUUUUGUAGUUUCUAUUUUUACAUUGUAAAGAAAACUUGCUAGUUGCAUAUUUUCAGUAUGUUCUUUAUUACAAACAUUAACCGUUGAUGUUGCAAAUGACACCUAGCCUGUGAAGCUGUAUUUAAGAUGAUUUUGUGUAGAAUUGUAAUUGUAGAUAUGACUAUGCUAAUUUAGUGCUAAUAAAGUAUUUACUCGUUUUAAUUUGCAUC